AUGCUGCCCAACAACGAACAGUCCCCCUCGCUGCCCGUAUCCAAGGCUAGGGUCAAUUUCCCCCCGGAGAUGCUAGACCGGCGGCCUAGCAGGUCCAUGUUCGUGCCCAGGAGGAACAGGAGCAUGAGCGCUUGGAGCGACAUCAGCAGGUCUAGCUGGAGGUUGGACGAGAGAAUAAAAAAAAUAUUGGAGGCGCCGGGCAUCGAUCCCGGUACCUCUCGCAUGCUAAGCGAGCGCUCUACCAUCUGA